AGCAACCCGCCAAAGGCGAAUCAGCCAACACCACCGCAAGAUGAUCCGCCAAGCACAGUGUACGCUUCAUACGUAUCGCACGAUAUCAAAUACAACGGCGCAUUCGAGGAUAGCAUGAUGGCAGUCGUUCUGGACGAAUCUUCAUCGACACCGAAGAGGAAGGGAAUAUCGCCAGAGAGUACCUCACCCGAGAGUCUACCCGUGGUCAACGAGGAAGACCUCCCACUGCCAUUAUCCGAUCCUCGCCGCAAAUUCACCAGUCCCAUCCCAGGCGUCCUGCUCACCCAUCCCGGCGGAUACUUCGAAGGAGGACCUGGCCUGGACCCAGAGAUCGACACGUUCGUUGAGGAUUUCGUCGAGCGCAAUGCAGGAAUCUCGCCUACCUCCAGCGCCGCGGUGUUGCGAUCGGCGGUCCAGCAGGAAGUCGAUCAGAAUAUGGAAACGCUGAAGGAACGGAUGGAGGCGCGAAGGAAAGCGCAUGAGCGCAACGAGCAGAUCGACAAGGAGCUCAAAAUCAUGACGGAUCAACAUGCGAUGGAGAUGAAGAUCAAUCGGAAAUUGGCCGAGGAGAGG